GCCCGGCGCCGGGCCAUGGCGCUGCUGCGGGACGUGUCGCUGCAGGAUCCGCGCGACCGCUUCGAGCUGCUGCAGCGCGUGGGGGCCGGGACCUAUGGCGACGUCUACAAGGCGCGCGACACGGCCACGUCCGAACUAGCCGCCGUGAAGAUAGUCAAGCUAGAUCCAGGGGACGACAUCAGCUCCCUCCAGCAGGAAAUCACCAUCCUGCGUGAGUGCCGCCACCCCAAUGUGGUGGCCUACAUUGGCAGCUACCUCAGGAAUGACCGUCUGUGGAUCUGCAUGGAGUUCUGUGGAGGGGGGUCCCUGCAGGAGAUUUACCAUGCCACCGGGCCCCUGGAGGAACGGCAGAUUGCCUGUGUCUGCCGAGAGGCCUUGAAGGGAUUGCACCACUUGCAUUCUCAGGGGAAGAUCCACAGAGACAUCAAGGGAGCCAACCUUCUCCUCACCCUCCAGGGAGACGUCAAGCUGGCUGACUUUGGGGUGUCAGGCGAGCUGACGGCAUCUGUGGCUAAGAGGAGGUCUUUCAUUGGGACUCCAUACUGGAUGGCCCCGGAGGUGGCGGCCGUGGAGCGCAAAGGUGGCUACAACGAGCUGUGUGACGUCUGGGCCCUGGGCAUCACCGCUAUUGAGCUGGGCGAGCUGCAGCCCCCACUCUUCCAUCUGCAUCCCAUGAGGGCCCUGAUGCUCAUGUCCAAGAGCAGCUUCCAGCCGCCCAAGCUGAGAGACAAGACUCGAUGGACUCAGAAUUUCCACCACUUCCUCAAGUUGGCACUGACAAAGAACCCCAAGAAGAGGCCGACAGCAGAGCGGCUUCUGCAGCACCCAUUCACAACCCAGCAGCUCCCUCGGGCCCUCCUCACUCAGCUGUUGGACAAGGCCAAUGACCCCCACCUGGAAAGCCCCUCCCCUGAAGACUGUGACCUGGAGACUUAUGACAUGUUUCCUGACACCAUUCACUCCCGGGGGCAGCACGGGCCGGCUGAGAGGACCCCCUCGGAGAUCCAGUUUCACCAGGUGAAAUUUGGUGCCCCCCGCAGGAAGGAAACAGACCCACUAAAUGAGCCGUGGGAGGAGGAGUGGACAUUGCUGGGAAAGGAGGAGCUGAGUGGGAGCCUGCUGCAGUCCGUCCAGGAGGCCCUGGAGGAGAGGAGCCUGACCAUCCGGCCAGCUUUGGAAGUCCAGGCCCUGGACUCCCCAGACGAAGCCAUGGGAACCAUCAAGCGGGCCCCGUUUCUGGGGCCGUCCCCCACUGAGCCUCCAGCUGAGAACUCUUUAUCCAGCCCUCCCGGGACCCCAACCCUGGCUCCACCAGGCCCUGACAGCCCCCCACUGCUUCCCACCACCUGGGCCACCAUGAAGCACCAGGCGGAUCUUGAGAGAUCAUCCUGCCACGGGCUCCCCCCGACCCCCAAAGUGCACAUGGGCGCCUGCUUCUCCAAGGUCUUCAAUGGCUGCCCCCUCCGGAUCCACGCAGCUGUCACCUGGAUUCACCCUGUCACCCGGGACCAGUUCCUGGUGGUGGGGGCUGAGGAAGGCAUCUACACGCUCAACCUGCAUGAACUGCAUGAGGAUACCCUGGAGAAGCUGAUUUCACACCGCUGCUCCUGGCUCUACUGCGUGAACAACGUGCUGCUGUCACUGUCAGGAAAAUCCACGCACAUCUGGGCCCAUGACCUCCCAGGCCUGUUUGAGCAGCGGCGGCUACAGCAGCAGGUCCCCCUGUCCAUCCCUACCAACCGCCUCACCCAGCGCAUCAUCCCCAGACGCUUUGCCCUGUCCACCAAGAUCCCUGACACCAAAGGCUGCCUGCAAUGUCGCGUGGUGCGGAACCCCUACACAGGCAGCACCUUCCUACUGGCUGCCCUGCCCGCCAGUCUGCUCCUGCUGCAGUGGUACGAGCCACUGCAGAAGUUCCUGCUGCUGAAGAACUUCUCCAGCCCCCUGCCCAGCCCAGCAGGGAUGCUGGAGCCCCUGGUGCUGGACGGGAAGGAGUUGCCACAGGUGUGUGUGGGGGCUGAGAGCCCUGAGGGGCCUGGCUGCCGUGUCCUGUUCCACAUCCUGCCCCUGGAGGCUGGCCUGAUGCCUGACAUCCUCAUCCCGCCUGAGGGGAUCCCAGGCUCGGCCCAGCAGGUGAUCCAAGUGGACAGGGACACAGUCCUGGUCAGUUUUGAACGCUGCGUGAGGAUUGUCAACUUGCAGGGUGAGCCCACAGCCACACUGGCACCUGAGCUGACCUUUGACUUCCCCAUUGAGACUGUGGUGUGUCUGCAGGACAGUGUGCUGGCCUUCUGGAGCCAUGGGAUGCAAGGUCGCAGCGUGGACACCAACGAGGUGACCCAGGAGAUCACAGAUGAGACGAGGAUCUUCCGAGUGCUUGGAGCCCAUAGAGACAUCAUCCUCGAGAGCAUCCCCACUGACAACCCAGAUGCUCACAGCAACCUCUACAUUCUCACGGGCCAUCAGAGCAGCUACUGAGCGGCCCCAGGCCUCAGCUGCAAGACCCGAAGGCCAGGGGCCUCCCAGCGUGGAGCAGCCCGGGCCUCCGGCUCUGCUGGGUGAAAGGGCAGAAGAAUCCUGAGAGUCAUUUUGGGGCCUGGGAGAGGGGAGCCCACCCCACACCUCUGCAAUAACUGGACCUGACAAAGCUGCUGUCACAGCCCCGCUCCCAGGCAGCUUGGUCCCCAGUGGCCCAAGGCAGCAGUCUGGGACAAGACAGGCCGGGCCUGGGCGAUCCAU